AUGCCUCCAACACCCAUCCUCCUCCUAAAAACAAAAUCCUCCCCCCAAGAUGGCUACGAAGAGUUCUUCUCCGCACAAAACUACACCCCAACCUUCAUCCCAGUCCUAGAACACCGCUUCCACAAGGACAACCUCAGCCAAGUCCGCGACCGAUUCACCAGCGGCGAAUUCCACACCGAAGCCCCAACCCCUCGAAAAUACGGCGGUCUAAUCUUCACCAGCCAGCGCGCAGUAGAGGGUUUCGCGCAGAUGAUCGAAGACGAACAAGACGUCCAAUUCAACACCCCAUCUUCCCCACUAACCCUCUACACCGUCGGCCCAGCCACAGCGCGCACCCUCACAACCCUCCGCGACAAACACCUCCCACACGCCAGCAUCCACGGCGCCGAAACCGGAACGGGCGAGAACCUCGCGCGCUUCAUCCUCGAGCACUACGACGCCCUGCACCCGACGCACAAGCCCUCGCUCCUAUUCCUGGUCGGCGAAGUGCGCAGGGAUAUCAUCCCGAAGACGCUGAUGGAUGAGGCAUUGCCGGUGCAGAAGCGCGUUGGGGUUGAGGAGGUUGUUGUGUAUGAGACGGGCGUGAUGGGGUCUUUUGAGGGGGAUUUCGCGGAUGUGGUGCGCAGGUCGGCGGAUGGGGCGGUUUGGGUGGUUGUUUUUUCGCCGACGGGGUGUGAGGCUAUGCUUAGGGUUCUUGGGUUGGGGCCUUUUGCUGGGAAUGGAACGGGGAAUGGGAAUGGACAGGUGUUUGUUGCUACUAUUGGGCCGACGACGCGGGAUCAUCUGCGUGAGGAGUUUGGGUUUGAGGCGCAUGUUUGUGCGCCGAGGCCUAGUCCUGAGGGGGUGCUUGAGGGGAUUGAGAAGUUUAUGAGUGGGAUUUGA